AUGGAUAAAACCAUCAUCAUCCCUCAUGACGCAUCCUCGCUCCAGCCUGAUUAUCUCCAAUGUGAUGCCAUCCAUAUCCCAUAUACCGAGGAAUACCAUGAGAAUACCAAGAAACGAAGAUCCUCCUCUCUUUUGUCGUUGCAUCUUAGAGAAUCCAGUAUCAGCAGCAGUAGUGAUGAUGAAGAUGGUGUCUCACUCUCCUCUUCCACCUCCAAACGUAUCAAGAAGAUCUUGAAUGAAGUCGAGAAACGAGCAAACCACACAGCUUCUGAACAAAAGCGACGUAACACCAUCCGUGCAGCACUCAAUGACAUGACCCAACUUGUGCCUGGUCUGCAAGAAUCCAAUAUCAACAAGAGCACCAUCCUUUUCAAAGCUGCAGAAUACAUCCAUCACUUGAAUCGUCGCAAUCGUCGCUUAAGGGAACGGAUAGCUGAACUCCACCACAAAGCAGGGUACCCCUCACCCUAUCCAAGCAUCAAUGUCCCCGCCGAUCAAGAAAUAUGA